AUGUUGUACGUAUAUACCAGAGGCUGUUACUCUGAAGUGGAGUUAGAAGAGCCUAGAGGCUUUUUUUCGUCUCCAAGAUAUCCACUGGAUUAUAGAGGAAAACUGGAAUGUUCUUGGGUGCUCCGAGUUUCACCAAACAGUAUUGCAAAACUUACGGUUGAGUAUCUGUUACUCCCUGGGUCUCAUAUGUGUCAAGAUUCAGCUCUGAUUAUUUAUGAAGAAAACCACAGUGAGAGAAGGAUGUCAGGUAAAUUAUGUGGAAGAAGGCUUUAUCCAAUGGUUUUCAUGAGCUCUGGACCACUGGUGAGGGUGACAUUUCAUUCCAGUGUGCGAGGUGCUUUUGGCAUAAAUUAUAUUGUCUUUAGAGUCCAAGGUCCAAAGGGCAGUAAAAGCACCCAGUCUCUUCAGAGUUCAAACCAAGAGCAUGUGGCCACCUGUGAGGAUGUUAUUCUGACCAAACCAACAGGGAUCAUACAAUUCCCGAGAUAUUUUCACAGAACCCCUAUGAGCUGCCACUGGAGAUUACUAGCCCCUGUAAAUCAUAUCAUUCGCCUUGAUAUUAUCAACUUCCAGAAGCAACCAGUGCCCUUUGCCUGUCAGGGUCACCUGUGGAUUUAUGAAGGAUUUGGAUCAGGAAAAAAAUUAAUAGGAAAUCUAUGUGAAAGAGAUUCACCUUCAUUAAAAUCUCAUGGUCCUCUUAUGAUGUUGAUUUUCACAUACAAUGCAAGUUUGGCCAUGGAAGAAUUUUCUUUGAGAUAUUCUUUUCAUAUGUCUGCUCAUUUAUGUGGCUCCAAGAAAGAAUUUGUCUGGAUAUCCAGUGGUGCUUACCUAACUGUGAACUUGAAAACUGAUGAGUCUGUGGGAGAAAGAGGUUUUAAACUGAUUUUGGAAGAUAUGACUCAGAAGCCAUCACAGAAAAGCAAUAUUGGGAUCCAACUGCCUAUUAAUGUAGAAAACAAUACCAGAAGACAGCCAGCUCAAGACUCGUGUGGAGUUCCACUUGUUGACCCUCUUCUCACUGAAGGGUUUGAGAGGAAUACAAAUCUCUUGCCUUCAGAGGUUGGGGAGCCAAGGGUGGUUGGUGGCCAUGCAGCCCCUGUGAUGUCAUGGCCCUGGCUGGUCAGUCUGCAGCACCAAGGACGUCACUACUGUGGAGGGGCUCUGAUUGGGAGGCAGUGGGUCCUGACAGCGGCACAUUGUAACUUCAGUACUGUCACAGACUACCUGGUAAUAGGAAGAAGUUACCUGGGGAAUAUAAGAAAUAGUGAUUUGAUACCAGUGAAAGCUGUGUACAUUCACCCCAGCUUCACACAAUUUCCUCCCAAUGAUGAUCUGUCUUUGCUGCAUCUGGAAAAACCUGUUGAACUAGGAGAGUUUGUAUCUAUAAUCUGUUUGCCAGGGAAAGAUGAUAAAAUAAAUUUACUUUCCAAAUGUUUGACUGCUGGAUGGGGAAUAACUGAACCUCAUCAAGAUGAAUUUCCUAAAACUGUGCAGCAGGCAGAGGUACCACUGAUCAGUAGUAUGUCUUGUCGAAGCUACUGGGGACUGGAAAUUAAAGACACUAAUAUAUGUGGAGGGGCUUCCGGAUCAUCCUCCUGUAUGGGAGAUUCUGGAGGACCACUGCAGUGUGGCAAGGGUGGGCAGUACAAGCUCAUCGGUAUUGUGAGCUGGGGCAGCAGUAACUGCCAUCCUGCCGCACCAACAGUCUUCACCAGAAUUUCUGCCUACACAGACUGGAUCACAUCCAUCACUGGAGAAGCAGGAUCACUGGAAGAGCAGCCUGGUGGAACUGUGAUCACAAGUGGGAAAGGAAAUAGAUAACCACAUAUCUGGAAAAUAUGUCUCUUGUCAGCUAAAAAACUCAAUGUCACUUCUCCCAACUUUUGUG